AUGGCAGAGAGUGGUUCCAAUAUGGCAGAGAGUGGUUCCAAUAUGGCAGAGAGUGGUUCCAAUAUGGCAGAGAGUGGUUCCAAUAUGGCUAUGAAGGGUUCCAAUAUGGCUGAGAGGUGUCCCAAUAUAGCUAAGAGUGGUUCCAAUAUGGCUGAGAGUGGUUCCAAUAUGGCUGAGAGUGGUUCCAAUAUGGCUGAGAGUGGUUCCAAUAUGGCUGAGAGUGGUUCCAAUAUGGCUGAGAGGGGUUCCAAUAUGCCUGAGAGGGGUUCCAAUAUGGCUGAGAGGGGUUCCAACAUGGCCGAGAGAGGUUCCAAUAUGACAGAGAGUAGUUCCAAUAUGACAAAGAGAGGUUCCAAUAUGGCUGAGAGGGGUUCCAAUAUGGCUGAGAGGGGUUCCAAUAUGGCUGAGAGGGGUUCCAAUAUGGCUGAGAGGGGUUCCAAUACCAUAAUUCCGUCAUCAGCCCCUAGGCUUGUGAACACCUUCUUAAUAACAUGA